AUGGACGUGGAGCUCGAGACGUUUUUCAACUUCAUGAUCAUGAUCAACAGAGGCCAAAGGCUUGAAUCAGUUGAUGGCGAACACACUCAAAACAUCAACCUGAAUAGGAAAAAAGGAUCAGUAAUCACAAUUACCAGCCUACCCGAGACUCAUUUAGGCGCGCAAACGAACAAGCUAGCGCAAUUAAUGAAAUUGUCGGUUGUCGGCACGGUGCCGGUCCCGGUGAAACUAAAUUUGGCGAGGUGCGUUCUGUCUACGCCUGGAAACAAAAAAGAAGGUACCGUAGAACACCUAGUUCGCGAGAUAUCUAAAAACACGUCCAUGCGGGAUAGCAUUUAUGCAGCUAGCUUAGCCUUGACAGGGGUGUCUGGAUCCAGGGGAUGGACAGCAGGCGAGCACACCUCAGAUACAUUCGAAAUCCAAUGGGGUAAUGGAAAUGUUAUCGUAACCAUCGGUUAUGCCACACAUACGCUCUCUCUGGCGAUGGCAAAGCGCACGGGGGCAAUUGCCAUUUCAUGGGCAAUGGGGCUUAGUGGAGAGGGGUAA